UGGUCACUCACAGUCCACGUGAUCUGCGCCGGGCGUUACAUUUUGCAAUGCUGUGAUCUCUCGCCCUGUGCGUACGAAGCAAAUCCACGGCUCGGGCUCAGUGUUGGUGCCCAGGCUUCAGUGAACAUCCAGCUAGCUGACUGCAUCAUCUAACCAUGCCCAAAUCAAAAGAGGUGUUGUCCUCCACGUCAGGCAGUGACUCUGACAGUGAAGCCGAAACAAAGGCCAAGAGGAAGAAGGCAAGCAAAGUGGAGAAACCUGCUAAAAAACAGAAGGGUGGGGAGAGCUCCAAGCCAAGCGGCUCCUCUAGGAGUGAUAAUAACGCUGGUGACAACAUGUUUCAGAUUGGGAAGAUGCGAUAUGUCAGCGUCAGGGAUUUCAAAGGAAAGGUGUUGAUUGACAUCAGGGAAUACUGGAUGGACCAAGCAGGUGAAAUGAAACCUGGCAAAAAAGGUAUCUCGUUGAACCCAGAGCAGUGGAACCAGCUGAAGGAACAAAUGCCGGACAUUGAUGACGCAAUAAGAAGAUUAUAAAAUUUGUCUGUGUUUCGGUGGGAGGGAUGGGUGGGGCAGAGUGUUUUUAGAGUUCCUGUUCUUUGGCAUCUGGACACUGGGUGGGAAGAAAAAAAAAAAAAAAAAAGAUAUUUUUUCCUUCAGCUUGUAUGUUGUUGCUAGGGAUGCACCAAUCCCAAUCUUUUUUUUUUUCCCUUUCCAUUUUUGGUAUGAUAUCGGUAUGAGCUCUAUAGUAUCAGACUAUACCUAAUGACAGCUACCAAGCCGAAUUUUUGCAAGCUUCUGUUUCCAGGUUAUGCAAGACAUUAGAGACACGUUGAUGUUCACAUGUGAAAUCUGUGUGUCAGUCAAUGUUACAAGCCUUCAUGGCAUAAAAUGUGUUAGUGGAUCAGACUGGAAAAUGUCAGAUCCAAUCCCAGUGUUUCAAGCCAGUAUGGGACCGAUAGCAUUAUAGGGUUGGUCUAUCCCUGGUGGUUGCAGUUUAGUUGAAGUAGAGUGUUUUUUUUUCUUUUCUUUAGCGAUUAUAUGUUCAGAAUUGCUGCUGCUUGUUGUUUGUAAUAGAUGGUUGAAAGUCCACAACCCAUAAACACUGCUUUGGGAAUAAACUUGUCGCACUGUA